UCCUUGUAAGUCCUGUUUGUUCGCAAAUACCAACAAGGAGGCCCCCGCCAGCUUUUCCUGCUGGAGCAACGCAUGAAGUUCCUGUCUGCACACUUCUAGCCGUCGCCGGUCUGCGCUAUCCACGACCCAUAUCAAACCGUCC